AUGACACCCUUGAAUCAAAAUCAAAGGUAUUUUUUCUCAUUUUCUUUCUUCAUCUUUUGUUUUCUAACCCUAAUUACUGAACCCAUUUCAUCUUUCUCACUCCAAGGCUUCAAUGCCGAGAAAAAUCCCAACUUUAAUGCCGAUUUUACCCUUUUGGGAGAUGCCCAGAUUGCUAAUGGGGGUAAUUUCGUCAAUCUUACUUCUCCUUCAUCUGGGUCUAGUUCUGGGCAAAUUGUUUACAAAAAACCCUUUAAAUUUAUUGAUUCAAAAUCUUCAAAACCCAUAAUUUCAUUUUCUACUGAUUUUACCUUUACUAUUACUCCGGGUAAUGGGGAUGGUAUAGCAUUUGUGAUUUUCCCAAGUGGUGGAAAACUUUCCCAGGUUUUUGAUCAAGGGUAUUUUGGGUUUUCUGAUACUAUUGAUCCUCAAUUUGUUGCUGUUGAGUAUGAUACUCGAAAAGAUGAUAAUGUAGGUGAUUUGAAUGGUAAUCAUGUUGGUGUAGAUGUGGGUAGUUUUGUAUCUUCUGAUACAAGUGAUGUUUCGUCGAUUGGUUUGCUUCUUAAUGGCGGUGUACCAUUGAAAUCUUGGAUUGAUUAUGAAGCUAGUUCUAAGAGAUUGGAGAUUAGAUUGGGUGAAUCUGGUAGUGAGAAGCCUAGUCAACCUUUGAUCUCGUAUUUCAUUGAUUUGUCGAAAAUGUGGGGAGAUAAGGAGGUCUUGGUAGGGAUUUCUUCGUCGAAUGGGAAUUCGAUGCAAGUGAGCAGUUUGUCUUCUUGGAGAUUUAAGGUUAGAAGUGUUCCGGGUUCAUUGCAUUCUAAGCCAUUGGAUCCUGAGGGUCAACGUGAUGAGCAAGUACCUGUUCGAAGGGAAAAAAGCUCGUUCCUGUCGAUUCUUGGUGGAUUGAUUUUUGCCACAGGAUGUGGCACAUUGGUGGCAUUCGUUGCGUUGUUUGUCUGGGUGGUCUUCUAUGGUAGACACUCAGUUGUUGCACCGGAAGUGCCUAUGAAUCCGGUAGAAUGCAAAUAUGAGAAGGUAAAUGUGACCAUUGAUAAUGCUUCUGAUGAUACCACUACCUAA